AUGUAAGAAUUGGAGGAACUAUUACAAAAGCCAGAAAUAUAUGAAAAUUUGUCAUUAUUUAAGGAAUUUUUAAAAGGAGUCAAGAAAUUAUGUGAUUAAUUUGAGGAGAAAAUUAAAAUGGUUCCUAAAUAAGAAUUUUAAGAGGAAACAAGAAUUAAAAAGAAAAUUGAAAAAUAAAUUAUAAAAAGGAAAAAAAAAAAAGAUAAUUAAGGUUAAUUAGAUGAUGAAGAUAAAGAUGGCAAAUGUAAAAUUUAAAAUAUAUGGUAGAAUAAUCAUAAUUUGAUAAUAAUGGAAAUUAAAUUGAGAAAUUAAAUGUAAGAGUGAUUUUUUAAAUAUAAUUUAGCUUUUAGAUGUAUCAAUGGUAGAAAUCUAAGAUCUAAAUAAAUCUGGUGAAUUAGAAAUAAUCUCAUAAAAAAAGUCUAAAAAAAUUAAACCAGAAGUUAAAAGAGAAGAGGAAGAUGCAAAAGGUAUGUAAGAGGAAGAUUCUUUUGGUGGAAAUAUUGUAUACGAAUAUUAAUGA